UCUAUUUGAGACUAACAGACAGGGAACACCCGAGGGGAACACAAGUCAUCAAUUGGCGAGCCAAUUGGCCAAGUCAACAAGUCCUAAUUUACUACUACACUCAUAGAUAUCUAUGCUGCACUAGGCUAGAAAUGGAAAAUGAAGUCUCAAAAGUUUUUCGGAGACAUAUGCUUGAGCUCAUCAGUGCUAUUGGACCUUCCAUAUUAGACGUGACAACUGUAUUGCAGAGCAAAGGGUUUGUGACUUUAGAAACUAAAGAUAAAAUUCAAACUGUACUUGGCACAAGUGACCAAGAAAAGGCAACCACCCUUGUUAAUGCCUUAGUAGCUCAACUUCGUGGAAAAGAACACCAUCAGGCAAAAGAAGAUCUUAUUGAGAUAUGCUGUGUUUUGAGUCAAAAUAAUUGCAAACUGUGGAAUCUAUGUGAGCGCACCAUUUUAGGUGAACUUCAUGUUGAUCCAGCAACUCAUCCUAUCUGCGUUAAAUAUAGAACUGAGAGUGUCCAUGAAUGCAUUGAUGAUGUUUCUAAAGAAAUGAGAACAAGUGUCAAGUCAGUCACAGAUUCCUUGGAAGACAUAAUGAAGUAUAUUGAACUUAACAAAGAAGUCAAGUUUUUAAAAGAAGCAAAAAGUUUUUAUGAAGAUUUCAUUACUUUCAACCAAACUGUAGCAACCAUUUUUGAAAAAGUUGAAGAUCUGCUACAAAAUUCCAGAGCGGAUCGUAAAGUAGAUUUUCUGAGGCAGCUGUCCUCAAAAUGUCUGGUUCUUCAUGAUAAAUAUUCUGAGACUUGUGAUAGUGUCAGUAAGAGUGCCAAGCUUGUAGCACAUGAAUGUGAAAAAAGGGCUAUAAAAAGUGAACAAGAUUUGGGAAGCGUUGGACCAAAUGCAAUAUCAUUGUUUGUUGGCAAUCUUUUUUCUAUGAUGGACUUGCCAACAACCUCUGAUAAGGAUCAAGAAUUCAAGAGCCUAAUGAGUGGCAUAGUGAAUGUGAGUGAGAGAGCUUCGAAAUUACAGGGAGAUGGAAAGCGCUACAGGCAGUUUCAGGAAUAUUUUGAAAAGAUACAUCAAAUUCUUGGUCAUCUUCAGGAACCAAUGAAAUCUCUAAUAGAGAAAGUCCGAUGCCUUUUAAAGCAUUUAGAAAGCAGCAAGAUUUUGAUAACCAAAGCUAUGCCUGAGGUUCCAGAUCCUUCUGCUGAAGAUAUAAAAGAUAAAAUAAGUCAAAUGACUAGUACUCUGAUGAGCUACAUACAUUGCAUUGAUUUAGAUUAAUGCAAACAAUUUUUGCUGUAAACUAUCUAUAAUAUGUAGCAUAAACUUAGUUCACAGGCAAUUAUAUUUAACCUGCUUCAUUUUUAAAAAUAAUUAUUAAUUUUGUGUACAUGGUUGUAUUAUAUGUUAAUUAUGUAAACAUGUGCUUUUAAACAUUG